AGCAAAUUAAUGUUUUAAAAGAAAAUCAACGUCAUGGGAGUAGCGAAUGAUAAUGAAUUCGAAUAUUAAAAAAAGUUCACCUUAGCCGAACGAUAACUCAGAUAUCAAAAUGUCAUAAAUGCUGUUGGAGAAUAAAAAGCUUUAGUUGUUGUUGAAAAACACAAAAAAUCAAAUAUUUAAUCCAACACUUAAGCGUAAUACCCUUGGAAAAUGUAAUAGAAAUAUACGAUUCAUUUAGAUUUGCAAUUGAUAAAACUAAGAAUUUAGCAGAGUUUCUCCAUUGCAUCAAAUAAAAUGCUGCCAUCAAUAAAAAUACUAGCAUAUUUUUAUAUUGCAACAAUACUUUAUUAAUGUUGAGAGGUAUGUUGUAAGUCUAUUUAGAGGAUUAAACUGUUGGAUCGAUUUUUGAUUCUUAGAAAAAUAAGGAGGACAAUAUUUUAUAUAUAAAAUAUUCGGAUUUCGAGACAUUUGGAUUCUGA